AUGAGUUGGCUUAAGAAAGGUGUUACAGAAGUUGUCGGAAAAUGUACUGCUGUACCUGAUGCCGUGUAUACUACUGAUGCUCCGCUAUACGUAUCAGUGGACAACGGGACAUCUUUUUAUUGUUUACAUGAUGUUGAAGGUGGUGGAGUCGUUUCUAUUAAAAAUGCAGAAAUAUUCUGUCUGGGAAGGGUUCGCGGAACUUUGCUCUCAGUAGCAGGUUCUGAGGAAGAAAAGUUUAUAAGGGAUACUAUGCUGGCUCGGAUGAAAACGCAGAACGGUGAUAAAUUUUACUGGAGGUUACUUGGAGUUAAAAAAUUUUAUUUUAACACACAUGAGACCGACUCUCCACCUUUGAAGAGAGAAAAUAAGACAUUUGCUGAUGGCACAAAACCAUUUUACGUUCUCUCAAAAAGUUCCGAUGAUUUUGAAUUUGAUGCUGGUGGUCGAUGUUUUGCACUAAGCGGAAACUUUUCCGGAUUAAGAGAUGGUAUUUGGAUUGUCAACUGCAAUCGUUUAUGGAAACACGUUACAUGCAAAGUUCCUGCCGCACCUCCAUUUUCAGGACCACUGCAACAGGCUUACUUGACGGAUUUUGAAGACCAGACAGAAGUGAAUUGGUCUGAGAUUACUAUUUUUACUGAAGACAUAUCAGCAUUUAUAAAUUGGUGUACUUACAUUUUAUCGGCCUUACUGACUGCAGCGGUGAUCACUGUUGCAGGCGCAAAAGUAGUCAUGAACAUUUCUGCUCAUAAAAUUGGAGAAGGAAUUCAGAAAUCGCUGGUCAUCAGAUUCAGAGAUGUUCUACUGAGAAAACUUAAAGGCCGUGAAUCUAGUAAUACAACAAUCAAUUCUGAGAAUGUGGAAUCUGAUCAGUCAGAAAAUCGAGUUUUUGUUGCCCUGACCAUCUCAUUAUCGGCAGAAUGGUGCCUCGUUUUUCAGAUUCUUGCUAAAUGCUUUGCUAUCAAUUCGCAAGAACCUUUAUUCGUUGUCAUCUUGAUCUCCACUGUCGUUCUGCUUGCCGUACACGAACAAAAAAAUAUCGUCUCUGUAGAAAUGAAUGAUACUGAACCAAGUGAAUGUGGAUAUUAUACGCGCAUUGUGGAACAAACGGGCUGCAUCCUUGGCUGGAAAGGUAACGUCUGUACCGCAGAAGUAUCUGUAGAAAUUACAUUAGCAGAGUAUGACAUGGACAGCUGGGAGGAUUACAGCCGUGAAUUUUUCCGUUUAAAGAACGUUGAUUGA